UACGUACGCGGAUUAAAUAGAGUUCAGGUCCGGUUGUGCCAUGUCUUCCCGUGCUUUGAGAAAACUUCGUGGGGAGCAGGGUCUUCCGGACAUUGUUGCCGACCUUGGAGUCGAUAUCAGUAGCGAGGAGGAAGACGUUCCCCAGCCGGUUCCAACCGGCAGGAAGAAGAAGAAGAAACCGGUGCAAAACCCCUUCGAUCUGCUGGUUGACCAUGACAGUGUAGAGGAAGAUGUUGAAGAGAGCCAGGAAAAUGCAGAGGACAGUCACGUCACUGAGUCACGCCCACCGCCAGAGGGCAAGGCUGGAGGGAAGAAGAGAAAGAAGAAGAAAAAGAAGAAGGGUGGUGACAAGGAAGACAAGGGAUCUCAAGAGAACCCGGAGGAUGACAUUGAUGCCAGUAUCCGCGCUGUGAAUGAGAUGUUAGGAGAGCUGCCCUUACAACCAGCUGCCAGUAGUGAACACUCUACACUCCCGAUCGGAUCCAAAUCACUUCUAUCUGUAGAACACAGACACUUGAAUCCAGAAAAUGAAAUGAAGAGAAUAUUUGGUGCUUCAACUGUGAGAGGAGAACAGAGAUCUAGAACCAGAAACAAACAACACAAAAGAAGUUGGUUGUCACAGCCCAAAGCAACCUGGCCCCCUCUGUCAAAAUCAGGGAUAUCUAUGAAGUUGAUAGAAACAAAAAGGGGAUGCCAACAUUUUACCUUUGAACACAACCGAGACUAUCAGAAGGUCCAGUUUGACUUCUUAGAUGCAGUUGAGUCGCUCAACCCAAACAACAUUACGGCGGUGCUGCACCUCCAUCCCUACCAUGUUGAUGCCUUGACCCAGCUGAGUGAUGUGUGUAAAAUGAGUGAGGAUCUACAGAUGGCUUCAGAACUGAUUGAAAGGGCUUUGUACAGUUUUGAGUGUAGUUUCCACACUCUCUUCAACAUGACCCUGGGGACUUGUAGACUGGACUUCAGAAGAGCAGAGAACAGGUCGUUCUACUUGGCCCUGUUUAAACAUCUGACAUUCAUUGGUCAGCGUGGCUGUUACAGGACAGCACUGGAGUUCUGCAAGCUCCUGCUAAGCCUUGACCCAGAUGAGGACCCCCUGUGUGUUCUGCUGAUGAUUGACUUCUACGCCCUCCAGGCCAGGGAGUACAAGUUCCUACUCAGGAUGUACCAGGAGUGGGAGAUCCAUAGGAACCUCUCACAGCUUCCCAACUGGGCGUUGUCUGUUGCCAUGGCAACAUUCCAGCUGAGCCGUGAGGAGAAAGCAGAGGAGGAGGAGGCAGACGAUCUGUUACAAAAGGCUCUCAUCAUGUUCCCAUCAAUAUUGUUUCCCCUCCUUGACAAGUGUUCCAUCCAUCCAGACAAGGACGUAGAAAACCAUCAGUUCUUUGGCCCUCAGGCACAAGUCAGCCAACCGGAGGCCCUUGGCCAGCUUGUUGCCCUGUUUGUGGGGAGGUCCAGUCCCCUGUGGAAGGAGCCUGAGGUCAUGCAGUGGCUGGAGAGGAACGUGAAGGUUGUGCUGGAGAGAGUGGACCAGGCAGACCCACUGGUGGAGGAGUGCAGGAAAAAGAGACAGCUGAGGUACCAGGGCACCCCACGGAACAUCUACAGACACAUCAUCGUGUCUGAGAUCAAAGAUGCCACAGCUGCACUGCCAAGGGACUUGGCUAAUGCUCCAGUGUUGUCCUAUGAUCCCCUUCCUCCUGCCAAUGCCAUCAUUAGCUACACUAGACCACAGAGAAGGCGAGUGGUGGCAGGUACAGAGGGUGAACACAGUACCUUGUCCCUGUUCCUCAGAUCCAUGAUGCCAAACUACAACUCUCAGCAGGACCAGACUGUGAGAAACGCCGCCCCAGGCCAGCCUGAGGAGGCGGAGGGAGCGGUGGGAGGACAGGACACAGACUUGCAUCGUGGGAUACACGCCUUGAUGGACGCCAUGCGGGACCUCCUGACGAACAUCCAACCCGCAAAUGUCCCACGAGAAGAUGGCCGGGACAGCGAUGGUCAUGAAUGGGAAGACGAAUUCGACUGAACUUAUUAUGUACAGUGUACAUGACAAAUACAGCUAUUUUUUACCAACAUUGGGAUCAUUGAAUCUUAGCAAUGGCCCUUGUUCUGUUAAGUUUAUCUAUCGAUAAAUGAAGAAUAUUAGUUUAUUUUUAUCUUCAAACUUGCAAAUUAGUAGAUCCAAAUUAGUUUUUUUUCCUGCGUGCUGUGGAAUAGUGAACUAAAAAUUAUUGCUAUAUGAUUUGGCAUUACAUGAAAAUGAUUGAAUGCAUACUAACAAGAAGCCAUUAUACAGAAUGGCACACCCAAAAGUUGUUGCUUGAUCUUACAUUUUAAUUUGGGAAAGACUCAGUCUGUAGCCUAGUACAUGUACUUAGUGUAUGUAUAUUAAAUAAAGAGAU